UGCUCAGAAAGAGGAAGGAAGAUUAGACACACAGAGAGAACAGCAUGAGACCAAGUCUACUUUUACUGCUGCUCCUCAUGGGGGCAGAAAUCGCCUUUGGAGAUACACACAAGGCUGUUCUGACCCUGGAACCCAACUGGACACAGAUAUUUGUGGGAGAGACUAUCUCACUCACAUGUAGCACAGAGGGAGAGGAUGCUGAUGAAGAUGAUGAGGCAUAUUACUGUUGGUAUAAGACUGACAAAGAGGGCGGUGAAGCUCGUGAAAUAGUUCAAUGGACAAAAGAUAAAAGUCAUACGAUCAGUUCUUCAGUGGAGACUGACAGUGGGACCUACACCUGUAAAAUAAGUAAUGACGGCUCAUACUCCAAGAGUAAUGCUAUCAGCUUGACUGUGAAAGAGGGAAUUCCAAGACCUGUAUUAAGUUCAGACAGAGAGCCAGUGUUCACAGGGAACACAGUUACCCUGAGAUGUGACAUGGGCCAGUCUACUGGAUGGAGAUUCUACUGGUACAGAAACACACAGACCUCUGAUCCUGUGGCCCAGGCUGAUGGAAACUCCUACAGCAUCAUCUCUGAUAAAGUCUCUGAUGGAGGACAGUACUGGUGCAGAGCUAGGAGAGGAGACCCAGUCUAUCACACACAGUACAGUGAUGCAGUUGAGAUAAAGGUUACAGUAAAUCCCAAAGCCGUUGCAACCCCUCUGUCCAACUGGACAAAUAUCUUCAUUGGUGAGACGCUCGCUCUCAGAUGUGACAUACAGGGAGAAGAACACAACGACUGGCAAUACAGCUGGGAUAAGAAUAGAACUUCUCUCGAAUAUCAAUGGCAAAAUUACACAAUAUAUUUUGCUCUUGAGUCCCACAGUGGAGACUACAGCUGCAGAGGAACACAGAGGAGAGACUCACAGACAUCAGAGAUCAGUGAGGCUGUCAGAGUUACAGUAUCAGAAAAACCAAAUCCAGUUCUUAGAGGACCAUCACAGACCUGGCUGACUGAAGGAGACUCAGUGACUCUGAGCUGUGAGGUUAGAGGCUCCACUACAGGCUGGAGAUUCCACUGGUACAAGACUGCCCCCUACAGUCCUGAGUUGGUAUAUGUGUUACAUGAGAACAGGAGAUAUUAUCUGCAGCUGGUCUCAGACAGCAUCAGUGGAGCUGGAGGCUCCUACACUCUCAGCCCAGCUGCUCUUAGACACACAGGGGUUUAUGUGUGCAGAGCAGAGAGAGGAGAGCCAGCCUAUCACACAGAGUUCAGCCAACCUCAGCCACUCUGGGUCACAGGUCUUUCUCCUCCAUCCUCUGUGGUUGUCAGUCCCAAUACAACUCAACAUUUUACACUUGAUUCUCUUUCCCUGAGCUGUGAGAGGAGUGGAAACUCAACUGGAUGGAGAUUGAUGUGGUUCUCUAAAUGGACAGUGCGUGACUUGUGUCCCUCUGCCUGGACAUCAGAAACAGGAUCCACCUGUAGCAGGAGAUCAGCAUCAUCAUCAGACGGUGGAGUUUACUGGUGUCAGUCUGAGUCUGGAGAGAAGAGUAAUCCUGUCAACAUCACAGUGCACAAUGGUGAUGUGAUCCUGGAGAGUCCUACCCAUCCUGUGACUGAGGGAGAUCCUCUGACCCUGCGCUGUAGAUAUCGCUAUAAGCCAUCAAACAUCAGUGCUGACUUCUAUAAAGAUGGGACACUCCUCCAGACCUCCACCACAGGGGAGAUGACCAUCCCUGCAGUCUCAGAGUCACAUGAAGGAGUCUAUAGGUGCAGGAACCCAGAGAAAGGAGAGUCACCAGAGAGCUGGGUCACAGUCAGAGUUUCAGUCUCAGAUUCUGGAUACUCUAAGCUGGCAGUUGUGGGUGCAGUUGUUGGAGUGAUGAUCAUCUUUAUCAUAGGCACAACACUGUCCCUGAUGUAUUGUUUCAAAAAGAAGAAAGCAAGCCCUGGCCCACAAACACCAUUACCAUCUUUGUCACCCACUAGUGGCCAGCAACAGCAGAACCCCAGUCACAGUCCAGACCAGAGCCUCUCUGCAGGACAUGAAGGUCAGCAGGGAUAUGAACUGCUACACAGCGCAAGCGUGUAUGACGCCAUCAAUACAGCUGAGCGGUAUGAGGAAGACGACGCCACAGCUGGACCGAGUGACGUGACCUAUUCCACAAUUGAUCAAAAGAGUACAAGUGAGAAUGUCAAAAGGAAGAAGCAGAAAAGAGGUGGAGGUCAACCCGAGCCAGAAAUAUUCUACUCAGAGCUCAAAGCAGUGAAGACUGCAGGAGAAGAGGAAGCUGAACAAAGUGAGCCCACUUAUGCCCAGGUUAUUGGAAAGAAAGUCAAGGGUACAGAACGUGUCUAAGGGUGUACAACAGAUAUCUCUAAGACGGAGGAACAUGGAGCAAAUUACCCAGAGAAAAGAGGAACAGCUUUUAUACAGUUUUUUUUAUAACCAUGUUCUAUAUGUAGAAUAUUUUGAUAUAAAAGGCAUCAGUCAAAGUCAUCUUGAUUGAAGACAAAUAUAGUAAUAUAAAAUGUAUGUGCUUAUGACUUGAAGAUGUUUUCUUUGUUUGCAUAAAUAUACGGUAUGUAGGCCUACUGUUUAAUCUGUUAUAACUAAGGAUAUCUAUUUUGAAUUUUAAGUGUUAAAUAAAAAAAAACUCCUUUAGAGUUUAUUUGGCUGCAGCUGUAAGAGUUGAUCGCAAGAGCUUUUUUGCUCUGAAGAGUGUAACGAGCGUUUGAAACCACAACUCCAGAAGGAAGUUAAUCCCUAACAGAGAUCCAUCGUUUCUGCAACGCUACCUGCACAAGUUGAGCAGAUAUAUAGAGAUAAACAUAAAUUAAUAAGUUUAUGUUUAGUUCAAUUAAUGCAUGUGUGUUAACCUUUAAGUUACUUUUACAGCCAAGCUAUAUGCUAAGGUGCCAUUCAUGUCUGGCUAUUGUAGUGAUACGUUAAGUUGAUAAGGGCCUGCUUCUAAGAUUUAUGAUUAAUUGCCUCUGUCUUUUUCAAAUGUAAAUUUGUUCGCUUAACUGUUUUGUGUGUCAUUCCGAGAUGUGUGCGUUGUGAAGCAGCUUAUGAGCUUGACAGCUGUGUAAAUGAUUGACAGCUGUGUAAAUGAUUGACAGCUGUGUACAUGAUUUUGAAAGUAUGUGUUGGGAUCAUCAUUAUGGAGAAGCCUAUUGAAAAAAGCUAAGCUAGCUGAUUGAAGUACGCAGGAUUUGACUUGUACUCAUUGAACUGUGUACCUGAGGAUGAUUGAUUACAAUAAUUUGAUAAAAAAUGAUUGUUUAAAGAA